AUGGACUCGCAGCCCGGCUACGUGUCGGCCCUCGACACCCGCAAGCAGGCCACCCUCAGCGCAGCCAUCGCCGCUGCCGCCCACCACGGCUCCGCAGGACUCGGCGCAAACGCAAACGCAUACCGCUCCCACUCGUCCAAGGCACCACCACCACCACCAACAGAGUCGCCCUCAAUCUACACCGACCCCUACGAGUUCCAGAGCACCGCACCGCCCCCGCCACUCCCAAACGUCGUCUCCACGCGGCCCACCACCCACAACUUUCUCGCCAUGGACCCCUACGACGAUCGUCCCCUCGGCGGCGGCGGGCCCGCAGACCUCGCACGCGCAGACACCCUAGCCCCCGGAGAUUCCAUCAGCAGCUACAACGUUCGCAUCGGCAGCAACCUACACGGCGACGGCGACGGCGACGGCGACACCUACCACGACCACGCCCAGACCCGGGGGCGCGACCCCAGCCACCCCACCGCCAUCGACUACGAAGAGAUGCACCACAAGGCAUCCGCCCACGCCUACCCAACGCGCGACGACGGCUACGAGGCCAGGGACUUUUACGACGACAGCGGCUACGACCACCGCCCCUAUGACUCGAGCGCCACCGCCCUCCCGCUCAAGCACCACGCCGGCCAGAUGGGCUACGCAGAGGACGAGGAGGACGAGGAGCACCAGCUCAAGCGCGGGCCCGAACCCCUCUUUUCAAACCAGGUCCACCACCACCGUCCGGGCCUCUCGGACGAGGAGGCAAAGAGCGGCCUGCUGAGCCGCUUCACGGCAGGCGCCGGCGCAGGAGGGGCCGCCAGGACUCCCGAAGACAAGCUCCACGAGCAGAUUGAGCGCCGUCGGCAGGGCAUUGGGCGGCAGAGGUGGCCGAUUGUCAGCUACGUAAUGACCGUCGCCCUGGUCGCCGUCUUCAUCGUCGAGCUGGUCAAGGCCAAGUCGGUGACGGGCCAGGCGGUGCAGACGCAUCCCAACAUCAGCCCGAUGCUGGGUCCGUCGUCCGAGUUUCUCAUCUCGUUUGGCGCGCGCUUUGUCCCGUGCAUGCGCGACAUUGCCAAGCUGCCCGUGACGACCGAGCUGCCCUGCCUCAACGCCUCGGCGUCGUCGUCGGGCACCUACACCCAGGACCAGCUGUGCCCGCUGUGGCAGACGUGCGGCCUGGCGGACGCCAACUCGCCCAACCAGGGCUACCGCUUCAUCUCGGCCAUGUUUAUCCACGCCGGCUUCGUCCACAUCAUCUUCAACCUGCUCGUCCUGCUCACGCUGUGCGCCCAGAUUGAGCGGCUGGUCGGCUCAGUGCCCUACACGCUCAUCUACUUUGCCGGCGGCGUCGGGGGCAAUCUGCUGGGCGGCAACUUUGGACUGAUCGGCCAGCCGGCUCUGGGCGCGUCGGGCGCCAUCUACACGUGCAUCAGCGUCGAGCUGGUCGACCUCAUCUACAACUGGCAGUACGAGUACCGCGCCAAGACGCGGCUCGCCAUGUCGCUCAUCUUUACCGUCAUCGGGUUGGCGCUCGGGCUGCUGCCGGGCAUCGACAACUUUUCCCACAUCGGCGGCUUCUGCGUCGGCAUCCUCGGCGGCCUCCUCUUCGCGCCCGCCAUCCACCCGACGCGGCGCCACCGCAUCGUCUGCUGGCUCCUUCGCCUCGUCUCGCUCGGCCUGCUCGUCGGCUUCUUUGUCGGCCUCGCCGUCAACUUUUACAACUCCGCCGACCCCUUGACCGCAUGCACCUGGUGUCGCUACCUCAGCUGUCUCCCGGUCUUUAACUCGUGCAAGGGCGACGGCCUCACCACCUCAACCACCACCACCACCACGACAACAUCGCCGAACAAUAACUUCUUUGUCGGCAACUAA